AUGUUUGUCAAUAACACUUGUUAUGACAAAGAAUUGUUAUAUCCUGGUCGUUUAGCCCUCGUUGCGUACUUGAAAAGCCAUGAUCCUAAGGAUUGGUCGUACAUGGAGUUUUUAAGACUUAACCGGGCCACUAUCGUCGAUGUACCACCUUUCUCAGACGAUUGGACUGGCAAUCAUGGUGCAUGGUUUAGAAGAUAUUUGUGGGCGGUCGGCGAAAUAAACCCGAAAUUAAACGGUUCUGAAAAAGAAAAGGUAAUAUCUUUUCAUGCAUUCAUCGGAAAGGGAGCUCUACAUACGGUGACUACCGGAUGUAGAGUAUACGGUGUCUACCGGACCCAAGUGUUGGUGGUGGAAGCUUCAGAUACGGUGACUACCGGAUCUGCGGUAAAUGCAGCCCAUUCGAACUCUGCCCUGCAUCAAUUUUGGCGUGAGGUAAUUUCGGAUCGCAAGCAGCUUGGAUUAAGGAACAUACUUGAUAUGGAAAGCCUUGAGUUGUUGGGCGAGGCAAGUAAAUUCCAAUCACAGAAAGCUCGUAUGAAUUAUAGAUAUCAGACUCGGAUGUUGGCACAUUCAUUGGAUAAGCGCCCCUAUGAGAGCACAGUAUAUGAGGAUGAACCACGGAUUUGGACUAAGACACUUGAGAGUCAUGGAACAGCAGAAGACUCAGAUGGUGAUAUGGCAUACACAGAAGAAAUCCAAGACCUUUCUCUGGAUGAGAUGAAUAUUCGUGGUAAACUGCUUGCAAUUUUGGAUGAAUACAAACAAAAAGAGGAAAAAUCUGGAAAAACAUAUAUAUCCUCAACAUAUCUCAAUAACAUAAUAGAGCUUGUUAAUGCAGAUAUGCAGAAGACAAUUGAGAGGGCUCUAGAUGAGAAACAACGUUCAUGGUUUGAAACAGCUCUAAAAAAGCAAGUUUGGGAGCCAACUAAAGAAGUUAGACAGUACUUCAGUCAGUUUACAGAAGAUACAUGCAAUCGAAUCAAUAUUCCAACACUUGUUCGUAAAUCUUUCAUUUCAGGAAGGUUUGAUCCUUAUUAUCAUGAAGGUCAUGAUAUUGUGCAGCAAGUCUUUACCCAUUGUUCCAUCCGCUUAGAAGCACCAACAAAACAUCCUGACUUUGAACGACCUUAUGCAAUAGAUACUGUUGUGUAUAUUCUUAAUCGAUUAUUUAGGAUGCACCAGGAUGUGCUAGUACUAGAUGGUGGAUGGAUUGAACUGACAACACCUGAUACUAAGCAGCACAAGGUUGAUGGAGUUUUUAAGACAAUCAAAACAAACAAUAACCAGGCUAUCAUAAUUGUGGAGUUUUUAUGUGAUAGAAGGGCAUCCUCAUCUAAAAAGGGAGAAGAUCAUAUCAAAUUAAGCUGCAAUUCAGUGCACAUUCUAAACAAGUUACUAGAAAGUGUACCAAGGGACAUUGCACGUGUAUACUUAGUACAGACUGCUAAUAGCUACAUUGAUGUCAAAUACUUAAUUUGUCCCUUGCCAUCAAUAUAUUUACUUCAACGGUUUGCAUACAUUAAAAUACCAUUGACUUUUGAUGACUUUGAGCUAUUUUCAGAAGCUAUGACUGAUUUGAUUAGCUGGCAGAAAGAUGUACUCUUUACAAUAAAGGCAGUUAAUAGAAGUGGUACUAGAAUAAAGGGCAAUGAUACCUGGAAUGUCUGA